GGAGGUGCUGUAACUUCGGAUGUGCUGUAACUUCGGAUGGAUUUGUAUUUGUCUAAUCAUGCAAAACACAGCCACAGCGGUUGUCAUCCAGUACAGUCAUCUAAACAACUAAGAAACAAGGACCAUGCACACAGCUGGCCUGCAAUGCAAAGUAAUGCUGUGGAUAUUUAUCAGCGUUUCGUCACAACAUUCAAAUUUACAGUAGUUAUGGCCGACCUCGCGAAGAGGUCGCCCCAUGUAGCGGCGUGUCGUACACUAAUAAUACAGCACCAUUUUAAAUCACACAACACUGUCUUACACAUAGGAAAUAAAGCUAUCCAAAGCACAACAUAGUUGGUCUCUGAGUGUUUUAUUUCGCAAAGAAACCAACCUGAAUAAGCACAACUACAGCGCUGUUUCGAACGCCCUCCCACCACGUCACGACCGGCAUUUCCCAUCAUUCUGUUCGAAAGUGAAGGCGACAUUUGACACGAGUCAAUGACCGUGCGGCCGGCGGUCGCCGCCCUCUGCAUACUCAGUGAAGAUCGCUAGGUGGUGUCAGGGUAAGUAAUCCUAGCUUAAUUUACGUUUGAAGAUGGUUGGGAGUCAGCAAACCUUUUUAAAGAGGCGAAACGGGUGUAUUUAUACGAUGAUAAUUUGUAAACACAAUGAAGGAAAAUAGAACGUUAGCAAGGUCAACACGAAAAAUCGUUUCUUGGGGGCAGAAAGCUGCAGUACAUAAACAAAGACGUAAUUAAAACGAUACACAGUUUCCCGCGGCUCUUUGCCGCCUGUGUGUGUGAAUACAGAUACCAUGAAUCACUAUUUUUUGUCUAGUUGAGACAGGAGCUUUCCUAAGCAUUUUGAAUGGUUUCAAAUCAGGGUCAUGUCAAUUGAAAUCCCAUGAAUGGUUAUGGAUUAGUUCAUACAGGUGCAACAAGCGACACCUGGGAAAGUCAUCGGUUGAUUAGCAAUACAUUUUAGAUACACUAAUUAUCAUGAAAUCAUCAAGGCCUAUUUCUAACAAAAGACUUUAAACUGCAUAGUGCUUGUAAUCAAUAAAAUACCAUAGUAUCAACUUUAUAAUUUCUCAUUAUUUACAGAUGUCUGGCCCACUCAGGAAAUACAAAGAAUGGGACGAGGAGGAUAUGCAACAGGCACUCAAAUCCAUAAAAGAAGAAAGAAAAGCGAUCUAUAGCGUGGCAAAAGAAUACAAUUUGCCACAAAGCACGCUAGAUGACAGGUACCAUGAGAGGCACAGCGAAAAAGUUGGAAGACCGACGAAACUAACCCCCGAGGAUGAGGAGGCCCUGGUCAAGUACUCAAUGUACAUGGCCACAAAAGGGUUCCCUCUCACCUCGGGGGUGAUGAAAGCCCUCGCUAAAGAAGUAGAUGCUUUAAGCAGUAAAGAGAGAAACCAGAAACCUCAUUUCGGUGGCAAAAUGCCUGGGAAACGGUGGUUGAUGGGGUUCAGACGGCGGCACCCAGAAAUCUCCCUGAGAUCACCCGACAGCCUAGACCGGGCGAGAGCAGCUAUGAGUAACGCUAAGAUCGUUGGUGACCACUUCUUAAAAGUAGGCGAACUUUUGGAGGAGAACAACUUGCAAAACAGGCCCCAUCAGAUCUAUAAUGCCGAUGAGACGGGCAUGGCCCUGGACGCCAAGAAAUCAAGAGUUAUUGUGCCAACAGCGUCGAAGAGAGCGCCCUCCAUAAGAUCAGGAGGGCGUGACCACAUCUCAGUCAUGUCUUGCGUGAGCGCUGCAGGAGGGGUGGUUCCCCCAAUGAUCGUGUUCAACAAGGCCCUGCCGUCUGGUAAGUUUUCUGAUGGAGGACCCCCAGGUGCGCUGUACGCAUCGUCUGAGUCAGGCUACAUCAACAAAGAGUUGUUUGAGCAGUGGUACUUCAAGAUUUUCUUACCCCAUUGCCACAAGGAGAGGCCAAUUCUACUUGUGCUCGACCAACACGGUAGCCACCUGUCCCUGAAGGUGUUGAUGUCGGCCAUGGAGGAAAAGAUCGUAAUCUAUGGGCUCCCUCCCCAUACCUCCCACUUUACGCAGCCGCUAGAUGUGACCGUGUUCAGUGUGCUGAAGACAAAGUGGGCUACAACCCUAGAGGCACUACAGGCCGUCGACUCCAGGUUUCAGGCAAGAAAGACGACGUUUCCAAGGAUCUUUGCCUCAGUGCAAGACCAGGUAUUCAACGCGGACAAGAUCAAAGCGGGUUUCAAGAAAACGGGAAUAUUCCCGUUCAACGAGGACGCCAUUGACAGCGUAUGGACCGACAUGUCAACCUCAGAAGGCCCUUCAGCGCAAGAGGGAUCUUCAGGAGAGUCAGGAGAGCAGUCCAGUGCUGAAAGGAGCAACAGUGAAACUUGCCCCUCUUGUGGCCAUGCACCAAAUCCACUGAUAGGGACACUUGUCCCCGAGCAUCUACAAGACAUCCUCAGGCCGGUGAACAGCACAACUGCCAAGCAGACCCGGAGGCGCAAACUGUCAGCACGCGUUAUGACUCACGAGGAUAUCGUGGAAGAGUUACGGAAGAAGGAGGAAGACGAGAGGACCAAGAAGGCCAAAGCUGAGGAAAGAAAGAAGAAGGCAGAACUAACGCGACUGCAAAAAGAAGCCAAGGCAAAACAGAGAGAAGACAAGAAGAGAAAGAGGGAAAUGGAAAACGGAGAUGAAGAGAAAGAGAAGGAGUUGGGAAAAGAGGAGGAAGAAAAAGAGGAGGAAGAGAAGGAAAUGGAUGCGCAAAAAGAGGAAGAAAAAGAGCAGAGCGUGGAAUGCCAGCGUGACGGCUCAAAGCGUCGCCGAGUCAAAAAAAGGGAUUCGUGUUACGAUUAUGACUAUUAGAAGUUGGAAGUUUGAACAUGUUUGGUAAUGUCGAAUUGACAUUAAUAGAACGAUUUGCACUUCUCGGAAACGACAGUUUAAAUGAAAUGAAAUGUUUUAUUCAGUAAGGAACUCACGGGUGAUACACCCGGAUUUUGUUCUUAUUACAACACUUGGCAAUAACCGGCAUAUCAAAAACACUCUUUUUCGCUGAGCGAUCAUAUAGUACAAUAAUUCAUUAAAGUUACGUUAGACAAACCAUACAGAAGUUACAGACUGUGUGCAUAGCGACUAAAAUGUUGAAUAGUGUUUACUGGGCAGUUGUCUUGUUAUAGAGCCGAAUUGCACAGUGGAGGAAGGAGUUACUAAGCCUCACAGUACGGGCUUUCGGUACAGUGAUUGAUCUAGCGUUUCUGAGUGCGAGUCCCGUCGCUACAGUUCUAGUCGUUGUUACUAGGUUAGACACCGUCCUGGCAUGUUUACACAUGCAAAGGCAUAUGAUUUGAUGAUAACGUUAUAUACACAAUAAUCUUUUUUUUCCAUUUUUGUACAUACAUUUAGAAUCUCAUUGAAAUUGUAAUUGUAAAUGUCAUUGGUGAAUCCAUGUUACAGAGUUGCUUGCUAUGUUUUUCUUAUGUUCUCGAGUAGGGGAAACUCUAUGUAACAUUUUUAAAGCAACUGUUUCUCUAACGUAACUAGUUCAUAUACCUCAGGCAAGCUUUCAAAAUUGUUGAGUAAAAUUCUGAAUUCGGCAAACAUUCGUGUGGUGUUAUCAAUGUUGUAGUAUAAGUUGGUCCGUGUAACGAUCUACAAAAGCUAAAUUUUCUUCGCACGAUCGUGUUGAUAAGAAGCAUUCUAAUCUGGCGGUCGUGUAUUUCACGCGUAGUAAUUAACAAAAUAGCACACUGACAAUUCAAAAUAACAAGACGCGUUUAAUAAUGGAAUCAUGUUCCUUUCGCUCAUAUUAUAAGGUAAAUACGAUUAUGUCAACUCCACACUUCUUGGUUCAGAGAGAA